UUUUGUAUUUUCUUUGGUUUUCCUUGUCGCUGAAGAGUUGGUUUUUCUUCUCUCCACAGUUCGAAUUUGGUGAAAUCAAUGCGUAGAAAGUGAAUCCGAGGUUGUCGCUGACGUUACGCAAAGCCGUGGAAAAGUGAAAAGCCACGGAAAACCUGGCCGCUCUAAAAGUGCACCUAAAGUGCAGCUGCCCAUUUGGAAAUUCGGCGACUGAUACUGAUUGCCGUUGCGUGCGCCGCCUGCAUAGCUCCCCUAGCCUCUAAUUGUCGGCUGUCCGACCGGAGCAACACCUGGUCGAGCGCCGGCCCCCCUGCCGGCACAGAGCGGCCGCCGCAUGCGUCUCAUCCAAACGGCCACCGGCGGUGCUGCUGCGACUGUUCUGCAGUCCCACUCCCAGUCGCAGUACAACUACACCAACAUGCGCGAAGAUGAUAUCGAGCUGGCCAUCAAAGUGGUAAUUGUUGGAAACGGCGGAGUUGGGAAAUCCUCGAUGAUACAGCGCUACUGUAAGGGCAUUUUCACCAAGGACUACAAGAAGACAAUCGGAGUGGACUUCCUGGAGAGGCAGAUCGAGAUAGACGGAGAAGAUGUACGCAUAAUGUUGUGGGACACAGCCGGGCAGGAGGAGUUCGACUGCAUAACGAAGGCCUAUUACCGGGGGGCACAGGCGUCAGUGCUCGUGUUCUCCACGACGGAUCGUGCCUCGUUUGAAGCCAUCAAAGACUGGAAGCGCAAGGUGGAGAACGAGUGCAACGAGAUACCCACGGUGAUUGUGCAAAACAAGAUUGAUCUGAUCGAGCAGGCGGUGGUCACUGCCGACGAGGUGGAGACGCUGGCCAAGGUGCUCAACUGCCGUCUGAUACGCACGUCCGUGAAGGAGGACAUCAACGUGGCAUCCGUGUUCCGCUACCUGGCCACCAAAUGCCAUCAGCUGAUGUCCCAGAGCUACGACCAGAUCGGCAGCCAGCAGCACUCGUCCAGCCAUCCGCCCUAUAACAGCACGCCCACAAUUAGCGCCUUUAGCCCGACCUUCACCAAGUCCAGCAGCGGCACCAUUGUGCUCCGUCCGGCCAAAAAAGGCAGCGGGUCUAGUGCUGCGAGGAAGCGAAAAAUAGUUCUCAAGAAGUGUGGCAUCUUGUAAGGGAAGGGGAUCAUCGCGCUGGAUCAACGCCAGCCAGGGGGACGGUGCCUGCUAGGCAGGCAGUCAAGCAGGGAGUAUGGAUGGAUGGAGGAGAUGUUGGCAAUUAAUAACUGGAGCAUAUUUAACGCUUAAUUAUUUAUGAGCCUAAUGAAGUUGUGGCCAGGUGGCGGUGGCCAGCCAACCGUUGGAUGCAACCACAGGCACAGCCACAGCCAUUCACUAGUCGUGCACAGACUCCGCGUGAUGUGGCCCAGACAUGCCAGAAAGAAGCGAUAAUCCGAAACAGUAAAAUUCAUCUUCGGGACACACCUCGAAGUAGAGAUACCCUUGCAGAUUUAAAUACAUAUUAAAUGCAUAAGGAACUAAUAUUUAAUCCAGUUGAAAGAUAACAAGUUUUCACUUUGAGAAGCGCUCCGAUGAUGUGGAUUUACAAGUUACAAAAUAUAUUACAUAUGUAUAUCCAAACCAUCCGUAAAUACCCAUCUAUUGUACACCAAUAUCUAGAAUACUCUGAUCAGUUAUCCCUGACAAGUUGUGCAUUCGAUGCUCACUUACACAAAUUCAUUCUCAAAACAAUAGUACCCGCGGGUUCUGCAAGGGUAUCGAGCUCUCAAAACCAUAACCAAUAUGCAUUAUCUUAUGUGGCUACUCAAAAAUUACCCUAAUUAGCUAUAGAUAUCAAAUAUUAAACCAGAUGGGAUGUAUUGUACUGAAAUUAUGCCCCCCUCCCCUUUGUAUAACGGAGACUGAUGCAGCAAUGCUCCUCAUAUCGGAUAUGUACAUAUACUUUCAUAUGGGUUCGUACUGGCCUAACCAAUUAUUAAAAUUAAAAGGCUAUUAACCACGCUAGCGCAGCCCAGAUGUUCAUGUGAGAUAGAUCCCUCCGCCAAUUAGCUUUGGAGAAUGUGCAAUUUAUAAUUCAGCUUAUAUAAUUAUUAGCUAAUUCAAAGUCAUGACAAAGCGCAAUUCGGCUCGUCUUUAUACGGCACCAGUUUCCAAAGUUCUACGUUCUAUGCAAAAUUCCACAUCGAUUCCCAGCGGAGUCUAUUUUACUCGCAAGACGUCUGCACAAGUGGACUACUCGUAUAAAAAAUUAACAAACUUUAUACUAAGCCCAUUCUCAUAUUGUAUCUAUACGUUUAAUGUUUGAUUUAAAAUAUACAAUUAAUAAAUUAUUUUGUGUA